AUGUCCAACGUCAACACUGGCAAGAAGACCCGCUCGGCCAUCGCCGAUGUGGUGACCCGCGAGUACACCAUCAACCUGCACAAGAGGUGCCACGGUGUUAGCUUCAAGAAGCGUGCUCCUCGUGCCAUCAAGGAGAUCCGUGCCUUUGCUGAGCACGCCAUGGGCACCAAGGACGUCCGCCUCGACCCCCAGCUCAACAAGAAGGUCUGGGAGGCCGGCAUCAAGGGUGUCCCUUUCCGCCUGCGCGUCCGCAUUUCCCGCAAGCGUAACGAUGAGGAGGGUGCUGAGGAGCGUCUCUACUCCCACGUCCAGGCUGUUAACGUCAAGAACCCCAAGGGUCUGCACACCGCCACCGUCGAUGACGCAUAA